AUGGGAAUUGGAUUAAAGGCCUUAACUAGCAAAGACAAAAGUAAUAGCAUUAAAACUGAAGAUAAAAUUGAAGAAGAAUUAGUCUCAACUAACAAAAACAAAGGUAAAGACAUCAAAACUAAAGACUAUAAAAGAAUAAUUGAAGAGGCACUAAUCUCAACUAACAAAAACAAAGAAGAACUAAUUACAGUUGGUGAAAAAACAGUUGAUGACUUUAUGACAUCUGAAUUGAUGAAAGUAAAGAAGAAUGUUGAGAUUAAAGCUGAAAAUUCAAAAUUAAAACAAGAUAAGGAAGAGAUUGAAGUCAGAUUCAUAAAACUGGAACAAAGUGAUAGAGAAAAAACUGAUCUUAUUGCUAAACUAGAUCAAAAUUAUUCAGAAUCACAAAUAACUUCUUUACCUAUUGGAGAUUAUUCUGACAAAGAGAUUUUGUCUCAUUAUGAAAUAAAUAACUCUAUAACUACUAAUAUUACACCUGUAACUUCUGAACAGAUAAAAAAUAUAUAUGAUAGUAUAUCUAAUUCUGAUAUAUGUCAAGAAUUAGAGACUUGA